GGGGAGGAGGACGGGGAGGAGCAUCCAGGGCGGCCACCGCGGCAGCGGCUGAACUUUGCUCUUUUGCGGGAGGCGGGGAGAGCCCUGGGGCUCGGCGGAGCGGGUCCCGCCGGACCCGGACCGGCACCAGGCUGCAUGGACCGGCGGCGGCGGCGGGGCCCGUAGGGGCGAGGGCGGGCCGGGGCAGCGCCGCCUCCUUCUCCUCCUCCUCCUCCUCCUCCUCCUUCCCUGCCGGUGCCGCGGAGCGGAGGAGCCACCGGGGGCGGGCAGCGGCGGCCCCCGCAUGCGGCCGAGCCCCGGGGCUGCCGCCGCGCCCGGAGCCGCCGCGCCCCGCGGGGGGAUGCGCCGCACCGCGCCCCGCUCCCGCCGCCGCAAAGUUUCCGCGGGGCCCCCCCGUUAACGGAGGGGGGGGAAGGAAAGGAGGAAGCUCUGGGAUAGAAGAAGGAGGGGGGGCGGAACACCCCCCCCCCAAAAAAAAACCCCGAACAGGCCGCCACCCCCUCCAAAAACUUGCUCAACUCGUUCCGAGAGGCGCCGGGCGCCGCGCACCGCUCCAUGCGGCGGCGGGGCCGCCGCUGAGCCCCGGGGCCGCGGAGCCAUGGCCAUGGUGGCCGGCGGCUGGGGCGAGCCCAACGGCGGCGGCGGCGGCGGGGAAGAGGCGGCGUCCCCGGCGGGCGGCGGCAGCGACGCGGAGCACGGCGAGGAGGAGCGGGCCGGGGCGCCGGUGGACUGCGUGGUGUGCGGGGACAAGUCCAGCGGGAAGCACUACGGGGUCUUCACCUGCGAGGGCUGCAAGAGCUUCUUCAAGCGCAGCAUCCGCAGGAACCUCAGCUACACCUGCAGGUCCAACCGUGACUGCCAGAUCGACCAGCACCACCGCAACCAAUGCCAGUACUGCCGCCUGAAGAAGUGCUUCCGCGUGGGAAUGAGGAAGGAAGCCGUGCAGCGGGGCCGGAUCCCCCCCAGCCACUCCAGCACCAGCCCCAACACGCUGCCCAGCGGGGAGUACUUCAACGGGCAGCCGGUGUCGGAGCUCAUCUCGCAGCUCCUGCGGGCUGAGCCCUACCCCGCCGCCCGCUACGGCUCGCAGUACGCGCAGCAGGGCAGCGUCAUGGGCAUCGACAACAUCUGUGAGCUGGCCGCGCGCCUCCUCUUCAGCACGGUGGAAUGGGCCCGGAACAUUCCCUUCUUCCCAGAGCUGCCCGUCUCCGACCAAGUGGCGCUGCUGCGGCUGAGCUGGAGCGAGCUCUUUGUACUCAAUGCGGCGCAGUCGGCGCUCCCGCUGCACAUGGCCCCGCUGCUGGCUGCUGCCGGCUUCCACGCCUCCCCCAUGUCGGCCGACCGCGUCGUCUCCUUUAUGGACCAGAUCCGCAUCUUCCAGGAUCAGGUGGAGAAGCUCAACCGGCUGCAGGUGGAUUCGGCCGAGUACAGCUGCCUCAAAGCCAUCGCGCUCUUCACGCCGGAUGCCUGUGGCCUGUCGGACCCAGCGCACGUGGAGAGCUUGCAGGAGAAGGCUCAGGUGGCCCUCACGGAGUACGUGCGGGCACAGUACCCAUCACAACCGCAGCGCUUCGGGCGGCUGCUGCUGCGGCUCCCGGCUCUCCGCGCCGUGCCGGCCGCGCUCAUCUCCCAGCUCUUCUUCAUGAGGCUGGUGGGGAAGACGCCCAUCGAAACACUAAUCAGGGACAUGCUGCUGUCUGGGAGCACCUUCAACUGGCCCUAUGGGACGGGGCAGUAGAGGACAGACACCCCGCAGCCGGACCUGGAUUUCCUCCCAUGCCCCGAGAUGGUGCCAUCCCCUGGGAGCGCCAAACUAUGCCGGUCCCUGCACCACUCACCCCAAAAGCAGUGGGGUCAUGGCGUUGUCCUCCUAAAGCUGAAGGUACUGGCCCUGCCGCCGCUGUUGGACACUGAACUCCUCUGUACCCCAUGAAGUGGAGCUCCCCAACGCCUUGGUCCCACCCCCCGGGGACCUUGGAGCAUCCCCGGGGCUGGUCCCUUGCUCUGUCCCUGCAUCAGAGCCCAGGAAAGGGGACACCAUCCUCUGGCUGCCCCUCCAAAUCUGAAUGUCAGAUGGCAGGAGUCUGGGACAGAAGAUGAUGGGAGGUGGGACCAGCCAGGUUGGAGCACAGAGGGUCCCCUAGCUGCACAGAGCUGACUGCUGUGGGACCCCCCUUGUGCACCCCCACCCCAGUGCUGGCAAUGAUGGAAAAAGGGUCAUUUUAAACCCCUUUUGUGCCCUGUAGCACGUGUCCAGCCUCGAGGACUGAAACACUGAGCUUGGAGCAGCCCCGUGGUGGGGACCAGGCUUGUCCGUGCCUGGUGCAAAUUCCCCCCCUGCACUUUCCACUGAAGCAUCUCCACUGUUGGGGCACGGGGAGGGGUACACAGGAGGGGUUGGGGGUACAGUGGAGGAGAGGGGGCACAGGGGUGGCUGAUGGGGUCCAGGCACCAUGCAGGGCUCAUUCCCUGCUGCUGUGCUUGGUGCUUUACCCACCCUUGGGCCACAUCCAGCACCCACUACCACCCCCACGCUGGGGGAGAUGGGGACCAGCAGCCCCCUCCCCAUGCUCGCUACAUCCCUGGGCCUCAUUAUUACUUGUUAAACCAAGUUUGGGGGGGGAAAGAGGCACUGGGAGGCGACAAAAGGGGUGAUGCUGCUGCGGCGGGGGCUUUGUCCCCAGGGCUGAGCCAUAGUGGAGGAAGGGACUUGUGGGGACAGAGCCACCUCGGAAGGAUGGAGAUGCCCCGUGGCCUCUGAUCCCAGAAGGUCCCAUGGGUGCAGGAUUAGAGGCCAUGGGGUGUGGGUGUCCCCCCACCAGGGCUCUCCUCAGGAGCCAGAGGCAGGAGUAGCUGCAGGAGUUGUCAUUUAGAUUGAUUCACUGCAAAUAUAACCCUUGUUCAAUGAUACUAAACAAAUGAAGUCAAUAAAAGAUGUUUCUUACAA